AUGGAAGAACUCACAUCUUGUGCUUCCUCCUCCUUAGCUGUCCCUCUUUAUCAUGAAACCUCACCCACUCUCCAGCAACUCGUCCACUUGAUCCUCCAAGCCCGACCUGAGCACUGGGUUUACUCCAUCUUUUGGCGGCCCUCAAGAGAUGACCACGGCCGUCUCUUCCUCACCUGGGGCCACGGCCAUUUCCGAGGAACUACAAGGGAUCCAUUUCCAUCCAAGCCCACCACCAAUAGGGUGCUCAAAGAAGCCCAAUAUCCGGAUGGUCAGUUCGCUGAUGGCAGCGACAUCGGCGACCCUGAAUGGUACUACAUCUUCUCCGUCGCGAGGUCUUACUCCUCGGAAGACGGCAUUCUAGGAAGAGCAUUCCGCUCAGGAGGUCACAUCUGGUUGAGUGGCGAUGACCACCCUGAGCUGGAGAUGUGUGAGAGUGAUGAUAGGGUCAAAGAAGCAAGAAUGCACGGAAUCCAGAGCAUAGUGUGCAUAUCAAUCCCUAAUGGUUCGGGGGUCCUUGAAUUGGGCUCCACAGAGAUCAUCCAUGAAGAUUGGAGCUUUGUCCUUUCAGCCAAGUCCCUCUUCCCUUUUCAUUUCUCGAACCCCCUAAUCAAUUCUCGUGGAGAAAACCCAUCCGACGAUGCCAGACAAGAACCGGCACUCGUCGGUGCCAGUAAGCGCCCAUAUGCUAAACCUGUCCGCGGGGUGCACCAUGACAUAUCUGGCCCCUUCGCUGUUGACCAAGGCGAUAAAGACUCAUCAUUAUCCCCAUCGCCGUCUAGCCGAUUGAGCCCUGGGCAGGUAGAGCGACAGCGGAGAGAGAAGAUGAACCAGCGGUUCUACGCGCUCCGCUCCGUCGUCCCCAAUAUAUCGGGAAUGGACAGGGCGUCCCUCCUCGCUGAUGCUGUCGACUACGUCAAGGAACUCCGGUCCCAGAUUGCCGCAUUGGAGUCCAAGGUCGUCAAGUCCAAGCAGUCAUCUCCGAAGCGCCUCAAGAGUUGUAGGGCUGUCGAUUCCUUCAGCGACCUGAGUAAGACAACGUCCCUGUCGAGCAAGAACAGCUCGAUCAUGGCCGCAAUGACGUUGGCUGUCCCGGGGUGGAGAGAGAUGGAGGUGGAUGUGAAGGUGGUGGGGCAGGAGGCGGUGGUUCGGGUGUGGAGCCCGAGCCUAGAGCAUCCAUGCGCGAGGUUGAUGGAGGUGCUCAAGGAAUUGGAAUUGGUGGUCCAGCACGCGAGCAUGUCGUGCGUGAAGGGGAUGAUGCUGCAGGAAGUGGCGAUAAGGACUCCGGUCGCCUGCAGGGUCAGCGACGAGUCCAUCAGAGAUGCCAUUCGGAGGAAGCUAGGCAAGGUGUGA